AUGCAAGCUCCCGCCGCCUCUCUGCGCUUGCGCCUGCUCGAGCCGAGCGUGGGCGUCGUGUCCGGCGGCACUCGCGUGGUGCUGCACGGCGUCGGGUUCCGUCCAGCGCCGCACUCGCUGACCGUCCGCUUCCGCAUGAGCCUGCAGGACCCGGAGGACAGCGACGUCCAGCACGAGAGCGUCCACGUGGACUCAACCGACCACAUGUUCUGGUCCUCGCGGCAGUCCAUCUCCAACACGGUGGACGUCAGUGGACGAUUCCUGCUGCAAACGCAGUUGGAGUGCGUCCUCCCGAGCUUCGAGCGCCAAGCCAAGCGCGCCAUCGCGGCCCGCACGAGUCUCGCAGCGUCCUCCGCAUCAGUUAACAGCGCGCCGCAGUUGGUCCCUUUGAGCGUCGAGGUGAUCCUCAACGGGGGCGAACAGCGGUCUAAUGCACUCACGUUCAAGCUGCACCAGCCGCUAGAAAUCCGGCGCGUGUGUCCUCAAAGCGUCCUCAUGACCAACCCAGCGGUGGCCGUCACCACGACGCUGAAUAUCCUGAAAUUACCCACUCCUGUCCUCCAUCGAGCGACAGCGAAAAGUGGACAGAAAUCGCUCGAAGUUCUGGAAGAGAUGAAUGCAUUACCUGUAUUUGUCCGUGUACGGCAAGCGUCAGAGCGGACGGGGGCAGUGUCGGAGCAGAUCAGAGAGGGGAAGUGGAAGUUGUCGCCCCUUGGGGUCUACGAGGUGGAGUUUGAUGCAGCCACGAUGGGUUUUGGAGCCGCCAGCGUGGAGCUCAGUCUGAACCGCGUGGAUUUCUUCCGAUGUCGGAGUGACGCCCCGCCUGAGGCCUAUGGCUAUCGUGUGAUUCGAGACGUGACUUUACGAGCGGUGGAGCCCGCGUGCAUCAGCGUCACGAGCGGACAGGUUACGGAGGUGAGGUUGACUGGGGAUGGCUUCGUGGAUACGGGGGAUAUCGUGGUGGCGCUGUUGCAGAGGGAGUUGCCAGCUCAAUUGGUGCCAGAAGGCGAUGGAGAUGGAGCUAUUGUCAAGAAGGUAGUGGCGAACUCGAAGGAGGUUCAGGUGGCGCAGCUCAACGCAACGUACUAUGGCAAGAACGAAGUUCGCUGCACGGUUCCGUCCAAUAUGUCGUUUGGAUGCACGUCCUUCAGUGUGUCGUUGAAUGGUGGGAGGCAGUUUGGGCAGGCGCGCAUUGUGGGGCUGCUACAUCGGGACCGCGCGUUGCAGGAGAUCUCCCCGGAGAGCAGCAGUCUAGCGGGGGGAACGCAGAUCGUGAUCCGCCACGCGUGUCUGACGUUAGAAGAUGUGGACGCGUUUUACCAACUGCAGCGAAUUGACCCGCCGCGCCGUAUAAAAGUUCGCUUCCAGCCCAUAAGUUACAAUUUAAGUGACGUUGGCGGAGCUCUGGCCAAGGUGGUGACUGCUGAAGCUUCGGCCGAUACGCCGGGGGUGUUAAUUUGUCGGUCGCCCAACUUUAUGGAUCAUAUUAAGGCGUUGAAUGGUUUGAGAUCGGGUGGAGGCAGCGAGACGACGGAUAGACAUAGCGUGCCGUAUAUGUGGCGUUUUACAGUGGGGAUUGCGUUGGGCGGCGAGAUAUUCCAGGGCGCGCUGCCGUUUGUGUUCUACCUUCCUCCAGUGAUUCGAUCGCUGUCGCAACACCACGGGCCUGCGUCGGGAGAUACGUGCGUGAAGUUACGGAUGAAGCACAAAGUUCCUCCGAGGCUGAAGCUGCUUGUGCGCUUCUCGACCCUGGAUUUCACUACCACCAUGACAUACUUAAUCACGUGUCAGACGCCUCCGUGGGCUGAUGAAAGCACGAGUAACGAGCCUCACUUGACUAUCGUCCAGGUCUCGUACGACGCUGGGGUCACCUAUUUCCCUGCGAUUGAUCCCCCACCGUCGACGACUCAGCCCAACCCGCUAGCCAAGGACCUGUCGUAUUUGUGUUUCCUGUUCUACCCGCCUCCGAUCGUGCGCACUGCGAUUCCUCUGUCUGCAGACAUACUCGGCGGUAGCUACAUUCGCCUCCAAGGUGAAUACAUCAUAGACCACGGCGCGCAACCGUCCGUAAUUUUCGAGUCGCCGACGAUGAGCCGCAAGGUCCCUGCUUUCGUUGAGAAGGGCGAGUUGAGAUGCUGCGCACCUGCAUUCAACGUCGGGCUUGCGCGCGUCUUCGUGUCGCUCAAUGGAGAACAAUACACAUUGUGCGAGCUGCACGACCCAGAGACGCAUGCGCCACUGGAGUUUAUCUUCUACAGUUCACCGACGGUAACGCGCAUCAGUCCGCUGUGCGCGUGUGUGCGGCAGUUGAGUGAACUGAAGAUAUUUGGCACCAAUUUGAUUGAAACGGAGCGGAUUAAAGUGCGCGUGAGUUUUCCCGCUAACGCCCAUGGAUCAGGACGCCGAUUGGUCUUCAAGGAUGUCCCCGGUACAGCGCGUGACGGAGUUAUCACGGCCAAGACGCCUCUGUUUUCCGAUGACUAUGCGAACCAAAACGCUUACGUGGAUGUCGCCUUGAACGGGGCUGAUUUUUCAGAAACUUCUGUUCCUCUUAGGUAUUUUUCGACGUACGGGAUCACACGCGUGGAUCCACCCCUAGGCGCGUUUGAAGUGCCUGUAAGUUUGACGGUGUACCUUACGCCAGCGAUUGUGACCGACAAAAUGCUCGUGCGUAUUCGCUUGGGGGUCAACAGGGCAGUCAUCGAGCACGAAUCUACAGAUAAGGAGGACUUGGAGGUGGUGUUUGGACCUAUUGAAGCUAUUCAUUGGACUUCAUCCAGUGUGGAUUUUAAGGUUCCGCCGUUGAGGACGCUGGUCGAGACUCUGUCCGUCUUAACUACGGCGUAUCUGGAGGUAUCGUUUGAUGGGGUACGCUUCCACGGGGUGGGAAACUUGCGAGACCACUACCGAGUGUACAACAUGCCUCAACUCACGUCUGCGACCCCUUUAUUCGGUGUGUCCGACCGCGAGACGAAGAUUGUCGCCCAUGGAGUGCACAUGCGACCAGGAGAUGUCGUCAAGUUGACGUUGUAUCUGGAGUCGACUGUCGUGGAGAAGUCCAAGACAAAGACUAGAGGACGCCGUUCCGCUGCGAGGGUAGCACCUGUACCCGUCACCACAGUCAUCGCUGAGGUAAACGCCAAGCGACAGCGUCUAACCUGGACUUGCCCCUCACUUAUUCAGCUUCGCGCCAGUCCAGAUCGACAAUUCGCUCCACUUGUUGCUUGUGCGCCAACAAUAACGAAUGGAUCGCCAGAUCGCCGCGUUCCAGGCGAUGCAGCUGGAGGAAUGCUUCUACCCGAACGAGUUCUCAUGCAGAUCAGCGUGGUGGACGGACAACCGACGUCUCUCCCCUACGUAUUCCGCUACUACCGAGCUGCGACGCUUGUGGCCAUGAACCCGCGCGUGGGAUACGUCUGCAGUGGAUCGCUCGUCUCUUUCGAGUUCGCUGAGCGCAUCGCCACCCCCACCGUCGACUUUCGCUUCGGUGACAGCCUCCCGAUGAGCGGCCGGAUCCGUGACGAGCGAUUCGUGGAGUGUUUCUCGCCCGAGCUGACUGCGGGAUCCCAUAACAUCAGCAUCUCCUUCAAUGAGCAGCACUACGAGCCGGCUGUGCUGGUUGAACGACCACUUGAACCUCCCAAGGAUAACGAUGAGCCGCCUCCGAGUUCCGCCGCUACGUUCCACGCGUUCCCACUUCCAGUGUUUGUACUCCCUCCCGCUGGUCGAGAGCGCGUCUACGCCUUCGGUACGACCUCAGGCGGCACUGUGGUCGUCAUUAAGGGCAUGGGAUUCGUCCCGGACACCAAGAUCUACGUCCGCUUCGCGUCUCAGUUCAGUGACGCCUUUGACGGUGACUCCGAGAUCAUUGUGACCGCAAAAGUGGUCGAUAACGAGACUAUUCGAUGCAUUUCCCCGCCGUCAAUGCGCUUGGGUCGCGUGGUUCUCCACGUGUCGUACAACCUGCAGCAGUUCAGUGAUUCAACGUGCUUCUUCGAGUACCAUGCGCCCACCCGCUACAGUGCAAAGGGAACUCUGUGUGGGCCAAUCUCGGGUCAAACUCCUCUACGCCUCUUUGUCGAGGACACAAAGGGGCUUCCGAGUCUCACGCAGCUGCUGCAGUGCGUCGUGCGGUUCGAAAGCGAGAGAACCCGGCAAGAAACUCCACACGCACUCGACAUCGAGGCCCAAUUCGACCCGGAGACACGAAUAAUCUCUUGUAUUACGCCCGCUUGGCCUUCGAAUGAGCUGGUUGGGGUGCGCGUUUCACUGGCCCGUGGAGAAGCAGAACUGUUUGAGGACACACGGAUCAAGUUCCUCUUCUAUGAUCCGCCUGAGGGUGUGAUCAAGAUCGAGCCUUCAGCCGGUCCGGUAGGCGGUGGGACGGAGGUGCUGGCGUGGUGUGGAAGCAUCGUUGAGACUGGCGAGAUCACCGUCUCCAUUCAGCUGUAUAGAGAUGAGUUUGAGCGUCCGAUCACUAAACGACGAUCGAGAGAGAGCGUCGUGGGGGGUAUCAUCCCAUUAUCGUCAUUACCGCCGCAGAAGCGGAGGCUGAGCUGCAGGACGUCACUACAGUCGAUGUUGGUCCGGGGAGAGAUCGUCGGUGAGGCCGUGCGAUUUGUGUCUCCAGCUGUGGAAGGUCCGUGUACGGCUGUGCUGAGUAUUUCGCUGAACGGUAUCAACUACACUUCAACGCAGAGCCCGCUGCAGUUUACGUACUACGUGGAGCCGAUUCUUCGUCGGAUUAAUCCGGGUUGGGCUGCGAUGGAAGGAGCCAACGACGCGCUGGUGCUGGAAGGUGAGCACAUCCGCGAUUUCGGCUGUCAAUUACUGGUUCGCUUCACGCUCCAGGACGAGAAAGAACCCGAUGAGAACGGCAUCGUAGUUGACGCGCAGUUCAUCGCCAACUCUGCAGCUUCUGCAUCAGGAGACGGCGCGUUGCAGUGCGUGUUUCCAGCCGCACCCCCAGGGUUUUACGAGCUCGAGGCGAGUCUAAACGGACAACAGUUCUCACAGUCUCUCUACGUCAGCAAAACAUUCGGCAACUUGAGUGGGACGGCGUGCACCGCCCUCCUCCCAUUCCGACACUUUGGCUCGCCCUUCUGUCUGGCCACAGCGACCGGGCCUGCUGCAGGCGGAUCGACCGUCGUGUUGUUUCUCGGCGGUAAAUUACUGAAGAUUUUAUCACGAGAAACCAAGUGCCAGGUGCAGUUUUCGCCUAUUCGAGGGGUGGAGAGGGUCAUGCGUCCGCCGCCUUCAAACCCGAACGGUGGGACGAGCCCUAUCAAGGCGACGACCAACGUCGCUGCAGACGUUAUCUGCAUGGUGGGGGAGAUCGACCACGCUAACGCUCGUGUCACGUGUCGAGCCCCCUUACUACGCGUCGCCUGCGUAUCUCUCGUGGAUAUUCUACUACCAAGUAGCAGUGGGUCUUCGUCUGCGUGUCACCUCUUCGGCGUGCGGCAGAGUGAUCUGGAAAAAUACUAUUCGUACGAAUCUCCAAGCAUUACCGAGAUCGCUCCAAGCUGCGGCCCAACGUCAGGCGGCACUCAACUCGUCAUUGAAGGCAUGAACAUCCUCGAUACAGCGCAGAUCUUCGUACGCUUCCGCUCCAGUGUCAACGAACGGGAGUUCGUCCUCGUUCCUGCUCGAUACAGUCGCACGUUUCCUGGCGGUUCAGCGAGUGCCUCGCCGCUUAUCAUCUGCAACACGCCGCCAGUCGAAUUCGUGGACAAAACGCUGUCCAGCGGCUCGGAUUUACCCGGUCAAAGCACCGCCUUGCUGCCCCCACAAGCUCAGCCGUCCCCUAGGAUGCGUGAAGGCGCAGCGGCGGGUAAGGUGCGCACGCAGACGUAUCAAAUGCUAGCGGAGCAGAGUCUUCGGGUUCAGCGGGCGGCUCUAGCUCACGGAACCAAUGACAAUGAAUUAGCUGCUCUCGGAACUCUCCGAAUUACGCGUCCGACAGUCAAGAAUACGCCUCGUGGCAACGCGGAAGCUUCAGUAAGCGAAGGUGGGGCGACGGUGCUGGUGGACUUUACGCUGAAUGCUGGGGAGCAGUUCAUUGCACACAGCGUACGAUUCCACUACUACCCAGAGAUCGAGCCGCACCAGGUCAAAUGGUUGCCUAGGCACCUGCCGACGCAGUGUCUAGGUGGACGUCAAGCUACAGAUUCACGGGUGUUGACCGUGAUGCUACCAAAGUCUUUCAAGCUAACGGACUCCCCCGAGCGCGUGUGUUUCCGCUUUGACGGCGUAGAUUCAAACCCUCUGGUCACUAAACGACGUCACUCAUUUGUGCUGCUCCACGAGACGGACUCGCGCACGGAGCUGGUGAUUCCCAACCCUCCGAAGCUUCAGAGACUGUCGACGCUGAGACGCUCUAGCACCUACUUCAAGAACAGCGCCAUGUCCUCGGACAACGAGAUUAUCGCUGCAAGUCCACCUAUGACGCCUGUAAGCGGCACUCCAUCAUCUGCGCGUCGUCCUGCAAUUGCUGGGAUAGCGACGAAUAACACGCUAGCUACUCCCGAAGCCCCUGCUUCUCCUCGACCAGCGAUGGAGGAGUCGUCCCCUUGCAUCGCAGCGAAGGUUGUCAGUGCCAACGAAGUAUCGUGCACUGUCCCCGAGUUUUCCAGUCCGGGAGCUGUCCAGGUUUUCUUUUCGCCGAACGCGCAGCAGUUCGUGCGCCUAGGAGAGCUGCUGUUCCAUCCCGCGAUGACCAUCAAGGACGAAUUUCACCAAGCGACGUUCCGCUUCUGCUCGAACGUUGGCGGCAGUCCCUUUGCACUGCAAUGUUCGCCCUCAACGGUGCUGAAGUAUCUGGCACCGGAGGACAUGACCACAGCCGAGAAGAAGCACGUGCAGAUUCAGAACCUUGGGCUGAGGAAGCGCAAACCGUUUGAGCGGUGGCAAAGCCGUUUAUUCCACUCCAUGCAACUUUUUCUAGUACCGUCGAAUGCAAAACUCCUGAAGCGCGUGGUGGUGACGGCGACCCGAGUGGACAACCAGUGCGUGGUCGGCAAAGCUUCUCCAGAUGAUGCGGGGCGCUGUGAGUUUGACAUGUACAACUGGGGCGACCAAGUGCUGCUGAGUGCGGCUCUACCGUCGUCUAACGGAUAUUCAUCAUACUCCACAGUGUAUGAGCCUUUUGUUGUUUCCCUGGAUCAGACGGCCAUCACGGAUGCGGUGUGCGGCUUGUGCUACGUGUGCGUUCGCUUUGGCUCAACAGAUAGAGACGCACCGUCGAACGUCCAAGUGCUUGUAUCCGACAGCAACGGGGUCCAUGUGUGUCUCUGCGGUCCUCCAGUCGAAUCCGCAGUGUGGGUUCGUUCCAACACUGUGACGUCCCAGUCGUACACAGUCCCCGUGACGUUCGACUUCACCAGCGCCGACUCGACCCGUGGUAGCUCCGCAUCGUCGCGGGCACGGCUCGUGCUCUCAGGGUCCGACAAUUUCCAGACUUUGCUGGCGCUGUCGCUCUCGCCGCAGAUCAAGAACGGCCCCACCGUGACUUUGGAGUGCACAAUGCCAACUCUGGCGUUCAGUGGCCCCGCGACACUCACGGUGAGCUGCGGGGGCGUCGUGUUCUCCAACAGCGUCAUGGUUCACUGCUAUGACCCACGGAGCUGGCGCGUGCUUGGGCUUUAUCCUCCGUGCGGGCAACUUCCUUCGCCUCAAGACGCGAAAGAGCUGCAAGAAUCCAUGACGCUGCGACUCAAAGGCGAACACUUCGUCGAGAACCGCAAGAUCGUGGUGCGCGUGUCCGAUAAGGAGCGGUUCUUCACCUCGUCCGGCAGAGUGGAGCAGGUUCACGUGCUGAGUCUGCGGAUCUCUGCAGUGAAAAACUUGAAAUCGCUGCUAGCUCCGCUAGGAAUUGGCACUCAAGUACCAAAUACCGGCGCCAAUGGGGCGGCGGCAUCGUCAUCAAAACGUGAUGAGAGUAAGUACUUGAGCUCAAUUGUCGGUGGAACCACCAGUGGCGGUUCUAUCGUGACAGGAGUGUCAACGUGGACGACAUUCACCUUCACGCUGCGGAUCGAGUGCGGCGACCAAAGACUCUUCGCUUCCUGUCGGGAGGUCAGCGUCUUCGCGGCUACUUCGUCCGGUUCCGUCUUGAGCUGGGAGGAGGAAUUCGAGGUUCGGAUCGCCUCGGACCGACGCGCGCCGCUGCUCAUAACUGCCGAGCUAUCGGAGUCUUCGCUUCCGAAGCCCCUCGAGCUCGCGCAGGCCUGGGUGCCGUUGAGCAGGAUUCAAGAAGGGUCUGCAGAUAUCCGCCGCUACACUGCGCGCUUCGAGGAGCACUUCAAGCGCGGGAACUACGCUGGCAACGAGACGAUUUCGGCGGGUAAUGGCUCAGCGACUGAGGUGGAUCUGCUGCUUCAACUGUCGCCGUUGAUGUUGAAUCCGGACUACAUCAUCUGCCAGCUCCCGUAUCCGCUGCUCUUACAGUUGUCACCUCAAAACCUCGACGUACAGGUGUCAUCGGGGGAUGGAUUCUACUCCACCCCUCAGUCCUUCCUGGUGUACAACCCCCCCACCGUGACGCUGACAACCCCGAGCGUUCUACCACGAUCAGGAGGAGGGGAAGUGCUAGUCACUGGCACCGGAUUCGUCAAUAGCGGGCGCGUGUGUGUGCGGUUGUUCGCGUUCAAGAAGAACCGGUUCAAGAAUGCUGAAGAAGAGCAGCGCGCGCUCGCGAUCAUCAACCGCGUGAAGCGAUUCCAGCGCACGGAGAGCACGAACGACGGCUUCUUGGCGUAUUUCUCCCGAGAUGUGGAGGGGGCGUUCAUCUCCAGUACGAGCGUCAAGUUCAGGAUGCCGGCGCACUUGACGAGCUACAACGUCUACUACUCCGUGUCAUUCGACGGACGCGCGUUCACGGAGGCGUCGCAGGUCUCGAGCGUGCUGAUGUUCAGUAUCAGCGCUGUGACUCCAAAGGGAGGGCCGAUCUCGGGCAACACGUACACGACACUGCACGGCACCAACAUCGACGCGUGUUUGUCCUCACGGAUUGGGCUGACGCCCUUAGUUCGAGUCACGUGGAAGCGUGGAGCGCGAGACCUCGAGCACGUGAUGGUGCCCGGGGAGUUCUACCCGCACGAAAACGCAGUGUACUUCUACUCGCCUCAGAGCAAGUUUGGGCUGUACAGCAUCGCUGUGAACGUCGAACUGGCGCUGGUAACUCAGUCAGGGGCUGCAAGUUCAUCGGUAGAAGGGCUCCCGCGCUUCGGUCGUGACGAAGUGUCCUUCGUCAUGUACAAGACGCCAGUGAUCAAGUCUGUGGCUCCAUUAACCGCGCUCGUAUCGGGGCUUUCGACCACUGAAGUGAUCGUCCAGGGCUUCGAGGAGAGGGCCGUGAGCAGCAUGAAGCUGGCGCCAAAGCUGCGCUUCAAGCGUCGAGGGCAGAUGCAGGUGUCAGAUGCUCAACUGGUGUCGGAGUCGCGGUUCGAGUGCUUAGUACCGCGCUUCAACGUGACCAACGCGGUCCCCACCGAGCUCCCGUUGUCUGUACUACCGGGUUUCGCUCCAACUCCGAGGCUUCGAGGCGGAGGCAACGCUGGCGGGUUCAGUCCUAGACGUUUGAAUGGCCCGCCCAAGCUGUGGACUCGUACUGCAGGUGUGUUUGUGGCGUUACUGGGGGCGCGGGGUCUGCGCGCGUCCAAGAAGAACGCGUGCAACCCGUUCGCGGUCGUGUACGUAGGCAAGACCCAACUCAAGAGCACGCGCAAGGACGGCGCUUUCUCCCCCGUGUGGAAUGAGUUAUUCGACUUUGAGUGGGCGGUGGGAGGUGACCCAGCGAGUCUUCCGUCUGUACGCGUGGUGCUUGAAAGUCAACUAACUGCGGACCAGAGCGAAAGUCUCGGACACGUCGAGCUCACGUUCCCGGUUAAGGAGCAACUAGCGCAGCCCUUCGCUCUACGCGCGUGGUUUCCACUGCGGCGCAUUCGAGGGAAGUACGCGCGGAAAGAGAACGAAGAGGUGGUUGUGGAUCAGUCUCAGUCAAAGUCCAAGAAACCAGCUCCAGCUCCAGUCACAGCGCCAACGUUGGGCGAAGUGGAGCUCGCGAUCGCGUUCGUGCCUCCUGUGGCGCAGAUGAAGAAGAACAAGAAGGCGUUGCGCUCGUCCCUCAUCUCUGUCAUCUCAACUCACCCGCAGUCUGGAAGGCACUCGGCAGGGAAGAACCGAGGUGAGAGCGCGCUCAAUGCGAAGAAGGAGAAGCUCCUUCGUGCGUUCCGUCAGCGUGGGGCGCCCGUAUCUCUCGUUCCCACAGAGCUAGCGGUCGAGUUGGCCCUCAAUGGUCAGGACUUUUGGUCCGUAGCGCCGUCGAACUGCUACUCGAUCUUGACCCCAAUUGUACUCGAUGUUGAGCCGAAGUUCGUCUGCAUCAGUGGCGGCUCGCUCCUGUGUGUUACGGGGAACAACUUUGUCAACUCUGGAUAUUUACGGGUAGCCUUCGCGGUACUCUCGGAUGAAGGCGUCACUCAGACGAUCCGCAGUGAUCGCACCGUCCUCGUGGAGGCCAAGUUCCGCUCCAGCACCAGUCUGGUCUGUACUACGCCGCCACUACUGGACUUGGCGACAGAGUCAUCCUAUGUGAACGUGUACGUGUCCGUGAACGGUACGGACUUCGACAGCAUCGCACUCCCCAAGCAGCUUACGAAACUCGAAGCAACCGCGCUAGUCUCCGAGCCUGUGGCAUCAACCCCCAGAACUGAUGAACGCAUUGAAGAGAGCGAUGAAAAUAUGGUUGAGGAACCUCCAAGGAAGAGCCCGAGGAGAACCGCGCAGAAUGCGUCGGAGAGUGCGGUGGCUUUGGUCAGUGGACAGUACGUCGUGGACUGGAAGAAGGUAAUUAAACUGUCACGAACUAGGACGACUGAUUCAACCGGAGCGAAGCAACCUGGUCGGUUCUCCCCGACUCGACUGGUUACUUCAACCAGACAGGGGAACUACUUGCUCGUACCGCAGAUCCGUGUCUACUUGGCUCCUAAAAUCACACGCGUGCGGCCUACGGAUGGGGUUUACACCUCCCACCUGACGUUUGACGGCACAAACUUCACCAACACGGGCAUCGCAAUUGGUAAGUUUUGGGUUUCGUGUGGAUUUCAGCAUUAA